ACCGAGCAAAACUCUAAACAAGACACUGUAUACAUAAUUCCUCGUGGCAACAAACCGGCCAAUGAAUAUUCUAAUCCAAAUCUUUUAUUAGGAAUCUUUCCCACCCUAUUCCCAUAUGGAUGUGGUGGACUUGAGGACGGUUCUCGACCGAUUCAAAUCAAUUUUCGUGAGCAUCUCAGAUAUCUUCUUUCGUAUGCAGAUCGCCGUUUUGAAGAACACUACUCAUUUAUAUUUGUUGUCUUCAAUAUUUUACAACGUCGAACAGCAUGUUUCCACGCCCAAUUAAUGACAACAAGAUCGUGGUUUCAACAAUCUGCACAAGUUCUUAACUCAUUGAGUUCUGAAGAUGUAGCAGCAGCCCUUAUUAAUAUCUCAAAAGCGCCUUAUUCAAAAGUUACUGACGAGAGAAUAAAUACAUUGAUGAAGCACAUCAAAAUUAUUGGUGGUCACGUCAUGGGUUCAGCUCAUUCCCGAUCAGCUCUUCUGUUGGGCGGUGUACUUGGUCCUGCAAAAGCGUAUUUUGGCACUGUAGAGAGUCAAGGAAGAGGAUCGCUCCAUUUACAUCUCUUGAUUUGGCUCAAUCAUGAAUAUACUCCAGCACAAUUGAAAGAAAAAAUUCAAAAUCAAGAUUUUCGUGAAAAUUUACUAAAAUAUUUAGAAGAUAUUAUAAAAGAAGAUUUAGAUUCGUUUCGAGAUGAAACCAACGACGGAACAAGUACGACAAGCGAUGAUAGAACAUUAAUUGGAGAAAUUGGAUCAACAGCAAGUGAAGUUAUACCACCAUGUCGCCCAACACCAAAUCCUGCAUUGGAAGACUUCGAUCAAACGUUUCGCAAAGAUGCAGUUCAAUUGGUUAUCGAUAAAUCGGAUCGUCAUUUACUAAAGAAUGUAACCGAUCCUCAGGGCCAACAAUUACCUACAGAAGGAACGAAAAUGAAUGAACGUCAUACAUUUGACAGCGUACAUCCACAAUCAACAUCUCAUCUCAUAAUUAAACGUUCCAUUCCAGUAGUACCAGUUCUGAUAGGUCCUCAAAUACCUCGCCGCGAACGAGAAGAAACACAUGAACGUUAUUGUCGCGCGUUGUUAACAUUAUUCAUGCCAUGGCGAUCAGUCCAGAACCUUUGUGCAACGAAUGAGACAUGGUCUGAAGCAUUGGAAGCUCGAAGGCUGUUGAUCUCUCCCAACUCGCUUAAGAUUAUAGAAAAUAUAGAACUUUUGCACGAAUGCAAACACGAUCGGGAUGAACAUCUUCAUCAAGUUCUUUUAGAAGCCCAAAACGACAACAGCAUUGACCCUAUUUUGAUGCCUAAUUACUAUGAAGGCGACGAAAAUGCAGAAGAAGACGAUCCUGAACAACUUUUGCAAAUGCUCUCCAUCGUAAAUGAGAUCACGACAAACACUUACUCUGCAUUGGCAGCUACUCAAGAACAACGCUAUGUUCAUAAUGCAUUACAAGCAAUUGAUAAUACAGAUAGAUUUGCAUUACUAAAUGACAGCAGACACAUUUGGCACCAAAAUAAUUAUGGCACCAUACACGACAUCAACACAUUUGUGGUAGCUCACGCACAUCACAGCGUCAUGAUUAAAGGAUGGAAACGUGACAUUGAAGGUCGACGAGAUGAAGCAAGAAACUAUUUAAUUUCAGGUGAAAAUACUCUGGAAGUGCGAGAUGAUGAAACACAGAUUGAAGUCGUAGCAACUGAAAUUCCAACAAGUCCCAUUAAAACGAGAGCUACAAGAGUUCCACCUGUGACUACAACCAAUGCAAUAUUAUUUCCAACAAAACAAGAUAUUAUCAGACAAUUUACACUAAGCACUCAGCAAAAAUAUGCUUUUAUGAUUAUAACUAGUCACUUAGAUGGCGAAAAUCAUGCUUAUACCGGUAUAUAA